AUGGCACCGCAGAAGCGCAAGAGACCGCACGAUCAUGUCGCGGCCACCGAACCGACGACCGCACCCCCGCCCGCACGCCGCGCGACGAGACAGCACCCCUCAUCCUCAGAUGCGCCGCCUCCCUCGGGCACAGGUCUCGCGCCGAAACACGGGCUGAGAAGUGGGAGGUUACGCGCCAAAACGGUUGAGAAGACUGGUGAUGUGAUUGAGGCGCCUGCGGAGCUAGAAGCGGUGCGUGGUGUCGCGCCGAGGUCUAUUAAUGUCGCCAAUCCACCGCUACCGCGACAGACGAGGACUACGAGGGAGAAGUACAAGGACAAAGGAGCUGUUAAGGAGGACUCGAACAUCGUUGUCCGACCACCGACCUCGCCGUCGCCGCCGCGGGAUAUACGUAUACACACGACUGCGUCUUCCCCAAAACAUCCCGUUGAGGGCGUUCGCAACUUGACGCUGGAAGCGCAACCUCGAGCUCGGACGCACCACGCGCUACAGUCUUCACCACUGCAAGGGAAUUUGCGCUUGUCUGGCCCUUCUCAGCGGUUACCGCAUGCUUCGAGGACGAUACAUGCGGAGAGCCUUGCCCAGACAGCCCCAAUACGAGCGGUGUCGAAGACGAAGACACAAACCCAGACACCCAAGACACCCCGUCGCCCCUCCCCGGGCCCCAAGCCCCUGCCUCCUCCCACGCCGUGGUCCGAUCGCAACAUCGAUAAGGUCGUGUUGGGCGAUAUCUGCUUCCGCGCGUGGUAUCCUUCGUAUUAUGGGAAGGAGGUGCUAGGCGACCUGUCAGGGAAUGCGACAACAGCUUCGGGCGCGGGUUCGAAAGAAAACAGUGGUGUUGGGCACCAUGGUAUGACGAAAAUAGGCGGUGGGAAGACCUCGGGCGUGCCCAUGUUGGACCGCUUGUAUGUGUGUCCGUGUUGCUUCAAGUACUCGAAGGAGCUGGUGUCGUGGUGGGAACAUGUACGAUGCUGCGAGAGGACGUUUGAGAUGCCGGGACGGAAGGUGUAUACGCAUCCCCGUGGGCUGAGGGGCGUGAAAGUGCCCGGGGCUUCUGGUGGAGACGGGAGAAGCAAGGGAAAGAGGAGAGGCGAUGGUGGUGCGCAUGGAUCCGAGCCGGUCGUGAGUGAUCACGGCGAAUGGAGUGUCUGGGAGGUCGAUGGGGAGAAGGAUAUGUUAUUCUGCCAGAACCUCUCGCUGUUCGCCAAGUUGUUUCUGGACAACAAGUCCGUCUUCUUCGACGUUACGGGAUUCAACUACUUCCUACUCGUCUACACGCCUCCCGAUCUACCCACCGAACCGGAAACGCAUACACCGCAUAAUUCGCCGCCUGACCUCACCCAGCAGCGGCAAGACAGACCAGAUACUUCCACACAGACCUCCACCUCCACAGCAUCAUCCCCUGUACGCAGACUACGCGUCGUCGGCUUCUUCUCCAAGGAGAAGAUGUCCUGGGACAACAACAACCUCGCCUGCAUUCUCGUGUUCCCACCCUGGCAGCGCAAGGGCCUCGGCGCCUUGCUGAUGGGGGUGUCCUACGCCAUCUCGCGCCGUGAGGGCAUCCUCGGCGGGCCCGAGAAGCCCAUCUCAGAGCUUGGUAGGAAGGGUUACAGGCGCUUCUGGGCCGGCGAGAUCGCCCGCUGGCUGCUGGGUCUGAAUCUGGAUUUCUUGUGUACGGUGAGGGCUGUGGGUGCUGGAGUAGGGGGUGGGAUGGGAAAGGAAAAAGGAGGGAGGAAGGAUCAGCAUGUCGCUCUCGUCGACGUCGACCGCUGCUCCCGCGAUACCUGGAUCGCGCCUGAUGACUGCCUCUCUGUGCUCCGCGAGAUGGGCGUCGUGGAGGAGGUCCCUCCGGAACUGAAGGGAGUCGAAGUGGUGCAGAUAUUGAAAAAAGCGCGUACGGAGGACGAUGACGAUGAUGAUACCCCGAUGAUGAACGAUGACGCCGAGAGCAGCAAGGACGACAAGGAGAAGGCGGCAGAAAAGGAAAAAGAAGGGAAAUCGCAGGAGGCGACUACGACUACGAGGGUCCGCGUCGACAAAGCCGCUGUGCGUGGCUGGGUCCAUGCGAAUGGCAUCGAGCUUAGCCGCACUUGCGACCCGGACGGGUUUGUGGAGGGGUAUGCUGUGAGGGCGGUCGAGGGGGUUGAGGAUGAUGGGUGA